CUGUGUGUUUACCAAAUCAGCUGACUGCGCUGCUGCCUUUGUUGUCGUCGUGUUGUUAGUUUCGCUUUAAUUAUAUUUUGCCAGCUGCCUGCCGAUCAAUUGGAUUAAGUGUGAGCUUUUAGUGUAGUUUCGAGUACUUAACAUUCCACGGACAUGCCAAGAUGAGCAACCCAAUGCAGGCCAAGGAAUUAUUGAUACGCGCCGUGGAGUGCGAUCAGAGUGGACGGAUCUUGGAGGCGCAGACCCUCUACACGGAUGGCAUUGACCAGCUGAUGAACUUCGUCAACGGGGAACCGGAUGAGGCAAAGCGGAAGGUGUUUCACACAAGGAUCAAGGAGUACAUGGACCGGGCGGAGGCCAUCAAGGCUCGAGUCAAUGGCAAACUGAUGCUGGGUGAGGUGGUCUCCCACGUUUCCAUCGAGGAAAACGAUACGGGCUACGACUACGACCAGGUCUUUGGUCAGUACAUGGACAGAAAAACCAUUGAGAUUCUGGUAGAAGAACCCUACAUGCAACAAAACUAUCAGUAUGCGAACCUUGUGAGAUUCUUAGAGUUAGCCAUCACGAACUGUCCGAACCUUAAGUAUUUUCGGCUAAUCACCAAGGAGGCUCAGGAUCCCAAGUAUACCGACAACCAGAAAACAAAUCUCGGCCAGAUCAAAGCCGAUCUAGAGCGUCGAAAUAUAGCCGUUUCCAUCAAAUAUGAAGACUCUUUGCACGAUCGCAAAAUAUACUUAAGCAACGGAUUCAUAAUCAAAAUCGGACGUGGACUGCACUUUUACAAGGCCCCCAAUCCGAUGUACUCCAUUGGUCUGAACAACUACAAGUUCCGCAAAUGCCUUCAGACGGAUGUAGACAUUUGGCGGAAUAACAGCUCCAAAUCCUGAGAAGUCAACCAGAAGACAGAAGACCAUAGAAGACAUUUUUAGUUUUAAGCUGACAAAGUUUUGCUAUUGUACAAUUUUUGUAGUCCCCAAUAUAAAGUCGCUUUUCAAUAUCUGUAAAA